AUGGCAUUCCCAGGCCUGAUCCGGCCUGCUGCUGCUAAAGUGAAGCCGCCAAGCGAUGUACGGAAGCCUCACGCACGUCCACGCUCACGUCGCAAGGGCGCACCUUUCGCGCUCAAGCCCCAGCUCGAAGCUCGAAUUUGGACGCCGGAGCAACCGCAACGGCCUUGCGCCUGCGCUCGGGGCUGGCUGCCUGUAGAUUCCACCAACCGAGCAUCCCUCUCGCGACAGGCAUCCUUGCAAGCCCAUCUUGCCGCGUCGCUCACCAAACAGCCGCUGGAAACGCGAACGUGCUUCGCUCACUGCCUCGCCCUUCACUUUCUUGCCUCUCGACAUCCUCACCAUACUCGACCCUUCCUACCACUCCUCUCCCAAGCCUCCUCAUCUUCACCUCUCUCUCCCCCUUCAUCAAGCCUGCACAGUGCGACGCCAUCUUCGUCGCUGCUCACUGCGCUGUUCAACACCGUCGACUCGCUCAUCGUGUCGUCGCAAGCAGAGACUCUGAUCACGGCAUCUCCAAGCUCGCUCGCCAUCAACACCCGAACGCACGCCCUUCACCAGCCAUCCAACCAACCACACAGCAAGCCUCUACCGACAACUGCCGACAUAUUCUAUCUCAACACACUCUCAAAGCAACAUUCGACUACCAUCAAGAACUCUUCUCUUCCUCUGGCUACUGCUCCUUCGGCGUCCCAUCUGCUGGCAUGGCAGACCUGGGAUGACGAGGACGAGGAGGAGGCAGCGUCUGGAGCAGCAAAUCGACUCGCCCGUCUGAGACAGUGA